UGUCUGCGGGGGAUCAUGGAGGAUCCCAUGGUGAGCUCUUCCACGGGAGCGAUGAACUCCCUCCUCGAUAAGCUGGGAGUACUGGAGAACCGGUAUCCCGACCUAGCUGAAGGCGUGCGAGAGAGCCUGAAGAGCCUAAGCGAUGUCUUGCACAGCUUUGCUAGGCAGAGGACGAGGAACUCCCUCAUCAACGAGUGGAUGCUGCAAGUCCGGGAGGUGGUGUACGACAUGGAGGACUGGAUCGACGGCGAUCCCUCCAAGGCCAAGCUGGAUGAUGUGGAGGAACAAAUCGAAGAAUUCAAGGCCCAGAUCCAAGGUGCACGGGACCGCUGCACAAGGUACGGCCUUCUCAGCAGCAUAGAGCCUAGUACUACUUGUGCACUACAAGAUGAUGCUGAAACCAGAGAAUCAGUUGCCAUGGAUCCUAAACUGCUCCAUGGGGAGGCGCCUUGCCGCCUUGUGGGCAGCGAUGAACUAAGGAAUGUUCUUGUUAACCACCUGAUGGACCAAGAAGAGCGGCGUAAGGUGGUGUGCAUCGUGGGAACCGGAGGAAUUGGCAAGUCAACUCUUGCCACGGGAAUAUACCGACAGCUCCAAGGGCAGUUCAGCUGCGGGGCUUUCGUGCAUCUUGGCCGGAACCCGUCCGUGAAGAUGACCCUGAUCAGUAUACUCAAGCAAGUAAUGCCGGAUUGGCACUGCGAAGAGUAUUUAUGGAACGGCUACAACUCUGAGGACAUGGAAGCAUGGGACGAGAAGAAGGUCAUCAAUAAACUCUGGGCAUUCUUAAAAACAAAGAGUUAUUUUGUUGUGCUCGUGGACAUGCGGAGCAUAUCGACUUGGAAGAAGAUCAGUUGUGCUUUGCCUAAUAAAGACAAGUCUUCUGAUAGGAUAUUGGUUACAACUUGUACCAAGGAUAUAGCAGAAUCAUGUUGCAUACAUCCUGGUGAUUUUGUUCAUCCGAUGGAGCGCCUUAGCGAGAAAGAUUCCAAAACAUUAUUUCAUAGUAAACUACCUGUUUCAGAACAACAUAGGCUGCUUGAA